AUGGGUCGUCACCGUAGCGGCGGGGAAAAAGAAUUUCUAUCCUUUUUGCUUUUUCCCUCAUUUCCUUUCUCUUGCAAAGCAUUUGUUGAAGGCAGAAGCGGUUAUUUUGCUGGCGUUGAGUUUCACGACGGAGAGCAAAUAAGCUUUUGUAACUUUCUGCCAAAUGGAAGGUUCUUAGCCUUCUCUCUCUCUGUGAAUUCUUCACUGCAAAUCAAACACUACGUCGUCGUCGUCAUCAUCUUCCUGGUCUUUCUUACUUUAUCACUAAAGCUGAUCCAGCAGCUACUUCAGGUUUGGGCAUAUAGAAAGGAAAAAGGAGUUGGAGUUUUGUCCGAAAUUGUGAUGUCUCCGCCACUGCUUGGUGCUGGGGAGGAAGCGAAUCAGAGUAACAUCACUUUGUUGGCUUCUCCGGCCUCCUUGGACCAUAAUAUAUGUCAAAACAUCUCGGGACUGAAAGAGCAUAACUACAUGGGGUUGUCUGAUUGUUCUUCCGUAGGUAGCUCUACAAUAUCCACCACAUCGGGAGACAAUAAUGGCUGUCUGAAUUUGAAGGCCACAGAACUGAGGCUUGGGCUUCCUGGAUCCCAGUCUUCAGAGGGGGAUUCAGAGUUUUCCUUGCUGUGCUCGCCAAAUCUCGAUGAGAAGCCAGUUUUUCCUUUGCAUCCUUUGAAGUAUGGUAAUUAUUUGUUAUCACAUAAGACGGUUGGUCCUGGCAACAAAAGGGGUUUCUCAGAUGUUAUGGAGGGUUUUGCAGAGGUAAAUGUGAUACUCUCACCCAGGCCUUCCCUGAACUCAGUUUUGAAAUCAGAUUCUGUGAAAGAAAACACUGGAACCCAACCACCCAAAACAAAAGAAGUGAUUUCCAAGAACACAGCUGAAGAGAAGCCUCGCACUGGUAGUGAGAUCGUUGCAGAUCGUGUUGGCACUGCAAAUAACAACAGCAGUGCACCUGCUACAAAGGCACAGGUUGUGGGUUGGCCGCCUGCUAGAUCGUUUAGGAAGAACACAUUGGCUUCUACUUCAAAGAAUGCUUAG